AUGUUGAAGCAGGCGAUGGCGCAGAUACAAGACGGUGAUGAAGGUAGGCAGGUAGAUGACGGCAGGCAGCAAUCUACCAUGAAUCUGAAGGCAGGGAAGGAUGAUCAACCGCCUGAGCAUGCCAGAGCAAAUUGCGCCGUUGCAGGAAAGAAUCAGCCACUUAAUACAGAACCAAAACGAAGAAAUGAAUUGCUCUCACUUGUUGCUGAAGGUGCCUGUGCCAUGGCUCGAGAGUCGAAGAUCCGUAAGAAAUUCUUCAGCAGCGGGGCAAAUGCGCAAAAUGGACGGACGCAGCCCGAGGUUGGAGUCGUAUGCAGUCAGCAUUUAUCGUUCUAUCACAAGAAGGGUUGUGGUUGGGUCAAGCACAUCGCACACAGCACUUUGGACUUGGACCAAAAGAUCCUGAAUUCAACAGCAGUGGCCUUCCAGGACUCCCACUGUGUGGAGGCAUCUAAAAUCAUCAUCCCUCAUCUCUCCUCACAGAUGGUGGCCUUCCAGGACUCCCACUGUGUGGAGGCAUCCAAAAUCAUCAUCCCUCAUCUCUCCUCGCAGAUGGUGGCCUUCCAGGACUCCCACUGUGUGGACUCCUCAAAAAUUAUCGUACCUUAUCUCUGCUUGCACACAGUGGCCUUCCCAGACUCCCACUCUGUACAGGCCUCAGAUCUUGCAACAUCGUUCCUGUGUAUAAUGUGGAAGCAUUGA